CGUGAGGUAGAGUCUGUACCGGAUUUCUCUCGAAAUUUUCAACGAUCAAAACAAUCGUAAACAAAUUUUUCUUUAUCAUUGUACUUUAAUAAAGUUUUCGAAAUUUAUCAAUUGCUAAUGAUAUCGGACAAUUCAUUAUGAAUUAGUGAAUUUUCAUCUCUUGGAACAAUCGAAAUUAUUGUGUUCUGAAGAAACUUUGUGUGGAAUAUUCAUUAAAUGGAAUACUUGUUUAGUUUGUGAAUGACAUUUUUUAAUGUCGAGUGUUUAAAAGUGAAAUUCAAAAUAGUGGAAUUAGUGAUUCAGUGUGACGCGCGAUUUCUGAUAUUCUUGUAAACAAAGAAUUUAUAGGUUCUUGAACUAUCCUUAUGUGAUUCAAAAUAGACUUUGACGUUACUCGUCCCACAGUUUUUUUUAAGUGUGGGAGAAAAGUAAAAAAAUUCAAAAAGAAAACAUGAAAAGUGUAUUCCUCGGUAGUUUUCUCGUGACGCUACUUAUAAUAGUAGCGUCCGAGCCGGAGGAUUCGAUAAAAGAGAAAAUCUCCAUUUUGAAGUGUUGUCGUUUUAUGGAACAUUUAGUGCGUGAAAAUGAAAAAUCCCCACCGAAAUGUGUUCCCACCAGAAAUCAAUGGCAACCAUUUAUUUAUUCAGUUAAACAGGGAAAGAAAGUAACGGAAAUUCCAAAUAAAUGGAAUAUUACGGAAGGACAAAAACCUCAGUGUCCAAAAUCGCAUGUUUUAAAUUAUAUACCAUACAAUCCAUAUUCACCAUUUAUUCUAACGGACACGGGUGCUGCGAUUUUGGAAGUUGGAUCAGGUAGAAAUUUAAAUCCCGAAGAGUACUGUGCUGAUUCGAAUGCAUUGCUCGUUUGUGAAUUAAACUACACGGACGAGCGUGCUGCUUCUACAAUGCGACCUAGUAUUCGUCGAUGUUGUGGUUCGCAUGCUGCCUACGACGAGAACAGGAGGACUUGUGUAGUAUCUCAAGAUGAAGAAGGUGCUCCACCUCUGAUUCCGAAUCUCUCUUCCUCAUUUGAAGUAAAAGCAGGCUUUCCCCAUUGUCCAAUGUCAAAAAAUUUCUCAAUUGCCGGUGAUGUUAAAGAUACAGUUCUUGAACCCGAUGGUACUUUAGUAUUUAAAGCCCAACAACUAAGACUUUUAGCAAAGGAAUAUUGCGUCGAGAGAAUUCAAGAGCCGAAUCAUGUUGUGAAGGUCUUCGCCUGUUCGAAUGACGCCAUCAAAACAUCAACGAACCGCGGUGGCGACAUCAGAUUCACCGUGUAUGCUUUUGGUUUCAUUGUGAGUGCCAUUUUCUUGGCAGCAACACUGGCAGCAGGAUGGCUCUUACCAGCAUCUCACCACGUUCUCCAUUGGCGGUGCCAGACACAUCAUGUCGCUUGCCUCAUGGUUGGCGAUAUCUUCAUGGCUAUAAUACAACUGGCAGGAAACUCCCUGAAGGGCGUAUUGUGCAAGGCAUUCGCGAUCAUGGCUCACUUUUCAUUCCUCGCUGCUUUCUUCUGGCUCAAUACCAUGUGCUUUAACAUCUGGUGGACAUUUAGAGACUUGAGACCUGCGAGUUUGGAGAAGGGCCAGGAGACUCUCAGACUGAGAGUGUAUGCAGUAUACGCCUGGGGCGGUCCUCUGCUUGUUGCAGGAUUGGCAGCUGUUCUGGACCAUCUUCCAAAGGAUCCAGCAUCCACAUUUUUGAGGCCUCGUUUCGGCGACGAUAAGUGCUGGUUCUAUGGCGAUAUGGAAAUUUUGGCCUAUUUCUUCGGACCAGUGGGUGUUUUGCUUGCAAUCAAUCUCCUGUUUUUCGUUGCAACGGCCAGAGAGUUGACGUGUGGCCUGUGGAAGGGUGAAUUUGUGAAAAGCACCACUGAACGUGCCGCUUUGGGAAGAGUUUGCAUGAAACUUGUGGUGGUUAUGGGUGUGACAUGGAUCCUGGACGUCGUCUCCUGGGCAGCUGGUGGCCCGACCUAUCUGUGGUACGUUCCAGAUGUGAUCAAUGCGUUCCAGGGUGUCUUUAUAUUCAUUGUCGUCGGCUGCCAACCGCAAGUUCGCGCUGCCGUGAAGAGGAUCUGCAGCAGGAACCCGAGGACCAGCGCCGGAAGGCAGGGCAACGGCCUCAGCACCACUAGCCAUGGAAUGCCGAGUAUGGGCGACAGUGUCACGCAAAAUCCCAGCACUAAAACUGCACCUCUAGAAACCAUCUGUUAAACAUAUUUCCUAUACAUACACAAAAAAUUCUUCGCCAAACCUCGGAUCAACCAAAAACAAAAAUAAUUCUCUCACUUUUGUGUAAGAAUUACGAGCUUUUCAAUCCAUUUCCAAUUUUGGAAAUUGAUUUUUUUUUGUCAAAGAAGACAAAAAAAAACAAAACAACCACCAACUGUUUUCAAAAAAAGAAAAAUAAUGUUGGUUUCAAAAAUCAACAUAAAACUUACUCUGGUCGAAAUUAUUUUUUACGAAUCUAUACUCUAUAUACCUUUGAUACUUUUUUAUAAAAAAAAAAAGGAAUUUUUUGUCAUUUUUCAAAAGAAAA